CGUAUUGAACCAGUCGUGUGCAACACAAUCUACCGUUAUCCAAGCGCGAUACUUUUAAAACUGAUUCACGUAAAUAAUAUCGUGUAUUUAUAAAUAAUGGUCUUUUGAUUGCAUGGCCAAGUCAAGUUCCAGAAUAAUCGUUUCAGGUGCCGAGACCGUUGUAUGGGCAGGCAAGAUGCAUGCAAUACUGUGGCUGUUGCUUACCGCUGCGGCGGUAUGCGGUAACGAAACACAAGAAAGGCGCUCCAAACUACCGUACAUCGCUGAUGCUCUGGGAAAUACUCUACCACCGCCUUCAAAUUUACCAGCAACAGUUGGAAGUCCAGUUAAUUUGUUAACACCUGAUAGAUAUGAAUUCUAUACUUUUGAUGAAUCAGGAGAAUUGGUUAAAAGACUCAUGACCUUGGAAGAAAUUCAAGCUAUUGUUGCAGCUGGAGAAGAUACGGAAGGUUUGGUUACCUUUGCGAACGAAAAUCAACCAACGAUAGCUUUUAAUUUCAGUCAGCCACCCUAUACAAAGGUACACAGUGUGGUAACUAAUGUUCAAAAUGUUUUAAAGGCCCAAAUGGAAGCGCAUAAGAAUAAACCGAUCAUGCGUCCCACUUUAGAUACUCCUGAUGUCUCCGACUCGUGGAGUUUAAUUUUACCCUCAAUUUUUGGGAACACUGGUCUUGAUAUAACACCGGAUAAGACGACUGGAUCAUAUAUUACUCCAGAAACUGACACCAUAGAAUUAGACCCCCAAUUUUACGAUGACGAAUCUCUAAGCAAAGAAGGAAAUGGUCAAAUAAUUGUAAGUUCCACGGAAGCAGCAGUUGAAAAUGAGUUGCACAUUACAACAAGCACUACGAAAACAAAGUUGACCCAAAAAACGACAGCGUCUACAACGACUUCUAGGUCUCCUUCAACGACACGUAUUCCAACUACAAAAAAUAGUUUCUCAACUACUAUCAAGCCAACGACCACAACAACUCGCAAGCCAAUAUCAACUACCAAUACUACAACAACAAUUAAGCCAAGACCAACUACGACUACGACAACUGUCAAGUUAACACCUACAACUUCGGCUACAACUUCAGUAAAGCCUAAGCCUAUUACCACCACUACAACAACGGUUAGGCCAAAAUCUACAAGCACCACUACAACAACUGUCAAGCCAAGACCUACUAUUACAACAACUGUCAAGCCAAGACCCACUACUACAACAACUGUCAAGCCUAGACCCACAACAUCCACCACAACAACGACAGUCAAGCCUACUACAAAGCCGGCUUUAAUAUUAUCAAGUACAACCGUAACACCAAUCUCAACAACCGUUAAAGAGAUAACAUCGCCUAGUACAGAUAAAACUACAGAAAAGGUGACAGUUGCUACUGAUCGAUUACAAAUCGAUUCUCAUUAUGAACAAAUAACUGAUAGAGGUGAUAUCCAAUACGAAAAAGUUAGUACGUUUAUACCUGUAUCAACUUUUACCUAUUUACCAGAGCGCACAACAAAGUUGCCUAUGCACGCAACAAAAGAGGACACAGCGCAAUGGAACGGUGAUCUCAAGAAUACUUUUACAUCUGUUUCAAAAUCUCCACCGACCACCACAUCGACUUUCGAUAGUAUGUCGUCAGUAAACGGCCAAGAUUUAGAAAAAAAUAACUCAACGACUAUAACUACUCAGUCUAUUUCUCCAUCAACUUCUGUAACAUACACGCAAAGCACUUCUACUGAACAGUCAAUAAUACAAAAUUACGUGCAACAAAACCAUGCAAACGUAAACGCACAAGAGAGUACUACUACCGUUAAAGGCGAACCAAUGGGUUCUAUGUUUGAUGUAGCACAAAGUAUGAUUCAAAUAGCUUCUGAUCUUGGCGGCGCACAUAGACCUACGUCGUCUUCAAAUGAUUUGAUGGAAAGCACAUUGAGUAACGGAGUGAAAUUAGAGAGUAAAGAAAAUUUAGAUAUAGACAUUCCCUCUGAAGUUGAAAAUACUAGCAAAGUUAAAAUAGAUUUAAACAAUAAUACUGAUAAUUAUAUUAAAAUUUCAACUCUAGACCCGCAUGAUAAAAGGGAAAACACAACGACAGACGUCACCUCUAAUGAUAAACACACACAAACAACAAGUUCUCCUUUACAUGCUUCAAUGACCACUUUGGAUCCUGUUUUGUCAGAGUCAAUGGGUGAUUUAUUGUCCCAAGUAGUCAACGAAGGGCCGGAUAAUAAAUUUGAUGGUGAAAAUUUGUCAGAAAAUGACGAGAAAAUCUCCGUAACUGAAAUACCUACUGUAGUAACAACCGAGUACAAGGAAAAUACUGAAUCAACAACAGAGGUUAAUGUUAACGAUAGUAAUAUUCUUAUAUCAUCUGAUGCACCUUUUGGUUCAAUCUUGAAUAUUAUUAAAAAUGAAAGUAAAAUAAAUGAAACACCAAUUGAAAAUAGUGAAAUAACCGAAAAUAAGCAGAACUUCGAAAAGGUUUCUACAAUAAACUCAGCUUUGUCCGAAGAUAAGUCUACUUUAACAAUUUCCGUGUCAGAUAUUAAUUCCAACAUAAAGAACGACACAUUUCAAUUGAGUAGUGAAGAUAAAAAUGGACCUCAGUUAAAUAAAAAUGAUACUAAAUCGGUAAACUCUACGUUGCCUUCGUAUAAAUCUGAAACAGAAGAAUCUCCUGAAGACAAAAAUAAUAAUUUCCAUGUUUCAGACAAAAACAGUUUUGAUUCUAGCAAAGUAGAAGAAAAAGAAUUUAUUGGAAUAAAACAAAACGAGAAAGUUUCUGGCACAAAAAAUCCGCCUAAAACCGAAGAUUUUAAAAAUAAAAUUCAAAAAGUUAAUAUAGAUGAUAAAGAGCUAGGCAGUGAUCGGAACAAUUCAUGGAAAUUAAUACCCACCGUAUCUCCAACAAAUAUCCAUGAUAUGAAAAAAAAUCCUAAGGAUAAACCUAAAACAGACAUUUACAACUUACCAGAUAGUAAUAGUGAUAAAAAUAUUAUAUUAGACUUCUCGAAAGAAAAUCAAGGCUUAGAACUAACUACUAAAGACCUAAAUGAAGAUAUUGCACAGUUUACUAACCUGUGUAAUGAACUAGCUUUCAGAUAUUGGAACGAUUUGGUAGAGACUAUGGAUACAAAGAGGAGCUUUGUAUUUUCUCCUUAUGCCGUCACUUCUAUGUUGGCUAUGAUGUUUAUGGGUGCGAGAGGCGCGACUUCAGGAGAAAUGAAUGAAAUAUUGAAGCUCGAUGAUAUGGUGACAUUUAAUCCACACUUUACAUUAAAAAAUAUAUCUGAUUCGAUAGAAAUGACACCUGCCUCUGGAGUGGCUGUUUCAGCGUUCAUAAGAGAACUGUAUAGUGAUAGAAAUAAAGGUAAAAUUUUAACGUUUUAUAAAGAAAGAGUUCAACAUUUCUAUAAUGGUCAUGUUGAGGAGGUUAACUUUAAAUUGAUCAGUGAUAUAAUACGUAGAAGAACAAAUUUACUGGUGAAGAGAUAUACGUGGGGUAAAAUAGUGGAAUUUAUGAAAACCAACACUAUUGUCAUGCAACCUCCAUUGGCGGCUUUCUCGGCAAAUAUUUUCCAAACUGACUGUUUUGGAACUUCCGUCGAUGGAAGAGAUGGAGAAUUGUACUUCGUAGUAUCGCCGAACGUGCGGCAACGAAGACUUGUUCCUGUACCAGCUGUCGUAUACAAAAACAACUUUUUGGCUGGCUAUGACCCAACUCUGGAUGCUACGGCUGCCGCUUUAGGAAAUAUAAAUUCAAUCGUCAGUACGAUAUUUGUAAUGCCUGGCCAACAAGGCAAUAUCGUACACGCAGAAGACCUGGAAGAAUUAGAGAAACGUUUACUGGGCUCUGAUUCCACUACUGAUGCUUGGGAUCGCUUAUUACGUACCCUUCUACCACGAGUCGGUCUUGAACUCCAGAUUCCUAGAUUUUCUCAUAAAUCUACAUUUAAUAUUACAUCUACCCUUCAAAGAAUGGGACUCAAGGAUUUGUUUGAUGCCGAACACGCUGAUUUAGGUGGACUAAACGGACCGUCGAAGGAUUUAUAUUUAUCGGACAUGAUACAAUCUAACACGUUUGUUACUUGUGGAGAAAAUGUAGUUGGUGAACAGCAUCACAUAGAGCAAUAUCCAGAAUUACAAAAACGUCGGUCAGCGAGAUGGGUGCACGGCUGGGAUGAACCAAGAGAUUAUCAACGAGCUUUCCACGACCCUCAUGAUGUUGGUGAAGCGAUGCAUUUGCCGUUACAUUUGCGACCAAGACAGGCGCGUCUGCCAGCGAGGAACGCUCAACCGGCGAGAUUAAAGUUUGACAGACCAUUUUUGUUCUUCGUCAGACAUAAUCCUACAGGCAUGAUACUUUAUGUAGGUCGAUACAAUCCGAGGCUGUUGCCAUGAAGAGUUUAAUUAAAGACUGCUAGUGUAGUGUAGUUAAUAAUAUUCCUUUAAGGAAAGUGAUAAGGUUUCAUGCUGACGCGUGUGAUAUACGAAAGAAGUUAUUCGAUGAGCAUUUACGUGACAGUAUUAAUUAUUAGUGUCUUUGUAUGCAGUAAAAUUGUAUAUCCAUGCAUAUACUAACUCAUGAGAGGAUGCUAUGAAUAAUAAAAUAAAAUAAUAUUAAUUUUAGAAUAGUUAAUUAUCAUAAAGAACCGUGUCAUCUCACUAUCAUAAUGUUGUCAUUAUACAUUUCAUUUUAAAUAA